AUGAUGCGUUUAUUUCGAAAAAAUUACGCAGCUUCAAUCAUUGCUCAGCAAGAAAAAGGUUACAAAAAUUGGGAAUUGUAUUUUAGGUACGGACAUUAUUUGAGUAGGAAAUUUUCAAAUGGCAAGAUCAGAGGUAUUAAAAAUAGAAUGCAGGAUAUCGACAAGGCAAAAUGGGAGAGAAAUUUGAAUACAAAGUAUAAGGAGAACAGAAAUAGGAAACCAAAUGUCUUACUGGACGAAACAUCAAAUGAAGAAGAUCCAAGAGACAUAUACUUUAACAACAAAUUAAUCGAGAGGAAAAUAGCGGAUAUAAUGACAAAAAAGAGUCACAACGAAUUGCUGUUUGAAUAUUUACCCAUGGAAGGACGAACAAAUAAUGUACCAAAAGGUUUUAAAAUUAGUCAGUACCUUUUUUUGUUUGUUAUUUCAAGCGGCGUAUUAUUAAUUCACAUAUUACCAGAAAUAGAUAAAGAGAAUUACAUACGAGAUAUAUUUUCGCUAGAAAUUUAUUCUUGUUCAUGUUUUUUAGUAUUUCAUGGGGGGUUUAAUUCAUUACUCCAAUUAAUUCAAUAUGGAAUACCACCAAAAAGAAAAUACAAAGGUUUAUACAACAGUUUACGUUUUAUUUCUUCCAUAAUCCCUUUAUUUUUUGGUUUAAUAACAGCAUCAUUAUGUGAAAAUUUUCCAAGAGAUAGCAUUUUCCUUUUAAUCAUAUCAUAUAUGUCACUGUUAUUAAAUUAUUACCUACUACACACCAAGUGUUUAACACCAGCAUGGAUGUUUAGACAGUGUAAGAUUUUAAUUUGUUUUAUUAUAUUUAAUUUGCUUCUAUUAUUAAUAAGUGAGGCACAGAUUUAUAGGGGAAGAAAAGUUUCCAUGCAAUUAGAUGACUGA